AUGGCUAGAAACCCUUGGGGGCCGCAUCCAGUGCUGCUCCCAGCACCAUUUGAGAUCGUAUUCAAGGAGAAUGAUAAGAGAUGUUCCAUGUUGGCUUCACUCGGAGCUGCUCCAAAUUUUGAUGUUUAUUGGAUCACCACCGAGCUGCCGCAAUCGUGGUUUUGUAUUGACAUCAGGAAGAUGAGCAUUUGCUUUCAAAUGCUGGUGUCCGAACAUGACGGCCGAACGAGAGAUGAUACAAAUACUGCAUUGAAGCUGUUUGAAGGGUAUUUGAAAGAAUUAACGUAUAACGAAUUAAGGAAGAAUUUCGCGUUUGGAGAUCCUGUUCACGUCGUAUUCUUGCGUCCUAAGUUAACCUGUAGACUGCGUGACGAGUCUGAAAGAGUAUAA